UAUGUCUCAAUAUUAUUGUAUUAUUUAAUUAAAUCCAUUUAAAAUAAUCUUUGUCUGAAAAUAAAAUAUGAUCCUCAACUGCGUUUCCCCUCCAGUCAGCAGACGGCGAUGUGCGUCUUUCAGGCGACGCUGCCAGCGUGACGUAUAAUCUAGUGGACGGUUCUUCAUAAACAGCUCGUCAACCACCUCGGUAGCUUGCUAGCCAACAUAGCCGAAAGAUUCAAGCUAUUUAUACGCUUUCGGUGUAUAUUAGCUACUGUGUUUUCGACACACUUAGGUCGUAUCUACUUGUUAACCUAUUUAAUAUUACGUUAUUUUGUAUUAGUCAGCUAUAGUAGCUGGCUGGUUAAGUUACCACUAGCCUAGUCGCUAAUGAUAGCUAGCUAGCUAACAUCCCCGACCAUGAGGUCAAUAAGCUUCUCCCCUCCUGUUAAAGAAGAGGUCUGCUGGACGGAGAAAGAAGCUCUGGGGCUGAACAUUGUCGUGAAAGAGGAGAAGGAAGAAGAGGAUUUCACAGUUAAAAAAGAAGAGAAAGACGUUUCAGUGAAAGAAGAGGAAGACGCGUUCAGAGUGAAUGAGGAGGAGGAGGAUGUUACAGUGAAAGAAGAGGAGGAAGAGAAAGAGGAGGAUGCAGUUUUUGGAGUGAAGAAGGAAGGGGAGAUUACUGUCACAUUGAAAGAUGAAGAGGUGGAGAUAGGAGAUCUGAUUAACACCAGAGAGAUACGGGACUAUCGUGGAUCUUCUGGGGAGCCUCAACAACCUCAUGAUGCUGACGAGGCAGAGAAGAGUCUCUCCAGAUCAGAACGCCUCAAUAAACACCAGCAGAGAUCCACAGGGAAGAGAACUCACUGCUGCUCUGACUGUGGGAAGAGAUUCACCUCAUCAGGCAUUAAAAUUCAUCAGCGAAUCCACACAGGAGAGAAACCUUAUAGCUGUGAUCAAUGUGGGAAGAGUUUUGGUCAAUCUUGCCAUCUGACUCAACACCAGAGAACACACACAGGAGAGAAACCUUAUAGCUGUGGUCAAUGUGGGAAGAGUUUUGGUCAAUCUCGCCAUCUGACUCAACACCAGAGAACACACACAGGAGAGAAACCUUAUAGCUGUGAUCAAUGUGGGAAGAGUUUUACUACAUCUGGCUAUCUGACAGUGCACCAGAGAACACACACAGGAGAGAAACCUUACAGCUGUGAUCAAUGUGGGAAGAGUUUUACUAAAUCCGGCUAUCUGACAGUGCACCAGAGAACACACACAGGAGAGAAACCUUUUAGCUGUGAUCAAUGUGGGAUGAGUUUUACUACAUCAAGCUCUCUGACUAUACACCAGAGAACACACACAGGAGAGAAAUCUUAUAGCUGUGAUCAAUGUGGGAAGAGUUUUACUACAUCUGGCUCUCUGACAGUGCACCAGAGAACACACACAGGAGAGAAACCUUAUAGUUGUAAUCAUUGUGGGAAGAGUUUUAAGACAUCUGGCACUCUGAAUGUACACCAGAGAACACACACAGGAGAGAAGCCUUAUAUCUGUGACCAAUGUGGGAAGAGUUUUACUACAUCUAGCUCUGUGACUAAACACCAGAGAACACACACAGGAGAGAAAUCUUAUAGCUGUGAUCAAUGUGGGAAGAGUUUUACUACAUCUGGCUCUCUGACAGUGCACCAGAGAACACACACAGGAGAGAAACCUUAUAGCUGUAAUCAAUGUGGGAAGAGUUUUACUACAUCUAGCCAUCUGACUCCACACCAGAGAACACACACAGGAGAGAAACCUUUUAGCUGUGAUCAAUGUGGGAUGAGUUUUUCUACAUCAAGCUCUCUGACUAUACACCAGAGAACACACACAGGAGAGAAAUCUUAUAGUUGUAAUCAUUGUGAGAAGAGUUUUCCUACAUCUAGCCAGCUGACUUCACACCAGAGAACACAUACAGGAGAGAAACCUUAUAGCUGUGAUCAAUGUGGGAUGAGUUUUACUACAUCAAGUCAUCUGAUUCGACACCAGAGAACACACACAGGAGAGAAACCUCAUAGCUGUGAUCAAUGUGACAAGAGAUACUCUAAUAAAAGGUGUUUGAUCAAACAUCAGAAAAUGCAUACAUGAAGAAGUUGUUUCAUGAUAUCAAUGAAUUAAUGUCACAAUGUAGAAUGUUUUAACAUUGUAGUAGGAGUAUUUUAAUGAUGUCACAAUGUAGAAUGUUUUAACAUUGUAGAAGGAGUAUUUUAAUGAUGUCACAAUGUAGAAUGUUUUAACAUUGUAGUAGGAGUAUUUUAAUGAUGUCACAAUGUAGAAUGUUUUAACAUUGUAGUAGGAGUAUUUUAAUGAUGUCACAAUAUAGAAUGUUUUAACAUUGUAGAAGGAGUAUUUUAAUGAUGUUCUACCUUAUCCUUAUCGUUUACCCUGUUCAAUUGAUUGCAGCAUGAUAUGGAUAUUAGCUUCAGGGGAAAAUCCAGGCUCUGAAUUGAAAGAGUAUUAUUUAACAAAAAGUGACUAACAAAAAAAGAGCUGUGUUACACUUACUGUGUUGGUGACCCACUUUAAUCAAAAUGCAGCACUUCAAAAUGUAGCUAGCUGUUUUCUACAAGUUGAAAAAGCUGCUUGUUUUAAAAAAAUACAUGUAAUAUGAUAAUUGUUGCAGAUGUUUGUGUAUAUACACACAUGAAAGCAGUAUAAUAAAUUGUUCUAUAAUCAA